UUUCACUUGAAACGGCACCACCGGCGGUUGCUCGCGGCAGCGACGCUAUCCCGACGUCCCUCUCGGGCAACUCUGUGCAGCUUGGUCGAUCCGCCCCAUCGUUUCAACCCGCCGACUGCCCGGAGGCCGCCGCCCGAUUCUGUUUGUUCUCAUACAUAACGACGCGCCACAUGCCGAAGAAAGCGCUGUCUCUUGACGAGGCGGUAGCCCAAGGCCUGCGGCCGUCGACGCCGCGGUCGCUGGAAGCGUGCCUUCGCACCGGGAUCGACCCCGACGAGAUCGUGCCCAGGCUCCUCGAAGACUUUGUCAACAAAAUGCGCAAGUCGGACGAGAUUGAGCGGGAAGCGGCGCAGAUCCGGUUCCACCAUUUCGAAGAGGGCCGCCAGAUGAAGAUUGGCUUGCUCAAGAAGGAGCGGCUGCACUUGAUCGAGUCUGGAUUCACAGCGUCGCCCUUGAGCAAGAAGCUCGCGAGUCCGUCGCCGACAAAGCCACAAGAUGGCGACCCUGCCAUGCCUCAUAAGCGCGCGUCGCCGUUUGACGUGUUUCGGACCGAGCCCGACGAAAAGCCCGUCGUCGUCACCGACUCGACCAUGGUCGAGCUCGAGGAGAAGCGAUUUCACGCGAUGAAAGUUCGCCAAGAGCGGGAAAUCGCCGGCAUCAUUGAGAUGGAGACCAAGAUGGCCGAGAUCCAAAAGCAAAACGCGGCGCGGGAAGCGAUCGAAGCCAAACGCAAGGCCGAGUGGGAAAAGGAGAAAAAGGAUCGCCGCGCUGCGCUCAUGGCGGCCAAGCACGAGCGCGAGAUCCUCAAGAAAAAAGCCGAAGACGCCGAGGCCGUCGCAAGGAGAAUACGAGCCAAACGCGAAGCGGAAAAGGAAAAGGCGCUGCUCGAAGAAAUGCGCAAAGAGGAGAAGCAGCGGCAGCUCGAAAUGGCGGAACGCGAGCACGACCGAAAGCUCAAGGCCGAGCAACAUCGGCGGGAAACCGAGGAGCUGCUCCAGCAGCAGGAAAACAAAAUUCUCGAGAACCGGCGGCGCGUGAUCGAGCGGGAAAAACAAGCGCAGCGCAAGAUGGAGGAAGCCAACGAGCGCCGGCGACAGGAAGCGCUGAUUCGGCGCGAAAAAGCCAACCAGCGCAUUCAGUUGGCGCUCGAGCAAAACCAGCACGUGAUGCAGAAGAAGAAGAAGGACUUUGAUGCCAAACAGGCGCUGGCGGCCGCGCGCGCAAUGGAGGUCCACAAGAAAGAAAUGCAGGAUUUGAAGGCGCGCGCCGAACGCAACAAAAAGGAAGAGGAAAUUCGGGUCCAGCGCGUCGAAGCUGCACGCACCCACCAGCAAGCGCGCGUCCAGACCAUUGUCGAGAAGCGCUCGCAGCUCGAAUCGCACUUGGACGUAGUCUACCACGAGCGUGUGAAAGACCGCGCGCUGAAAUCCGUUGAGCGUGAAAUGACGUUGGAGGAAAAAAAGGCCAACGUCGAGCGCAUCAAGAAAGUCGAAGAAUUCAAUCGGCUCCAGACGUUGAUAAAGAUCUCGCAGGAAGACUCGCGCAGCCGCAUGAUCAAGCUCAAGAAGCAAGCGCUGAUUGAAGCGCGGAAAAAGAUUGCGCUUGAGUCGCUCGUUCGAAAACACCGGAUCGCCGAAGCGGUCGGCAACAUGCGCAUCUCCAACAAAUGGGACAACAUGCAUGACAUCAUGGAGAGCGCCAUGAGCCCUGGCAAGGACAAAUCGCGCAAGAAGAAGCUGGCGAGCUCGAAAUCCGCGUCCGAUUUGGACGCCGCGGCCGCGUAUUUAUAGUUGGCAUGGCGCGGCGAUCGACGAUGCUUGGAACGAACGAUGAUUCAACCAAUACACCCCCCCGUCGUCGUCGUCUUGUUUUGCGUGA